CAAGAACAAAAAGAAAGAAAAAGAAAUUGGCCGCUGAUGGCGCUGUUGCAUUUCUAUAAUGAAAGUUGAAUUUCAAAAAUACACACACAUAAAGAAGAAUGAGGCACUGUGACGAAUGUUUUGUACAGGCUUGCCAACAACGAAGGGCGGGAUUGAGCUGCUAUGUGUUCACUAGCCUGAUGAUGUUUUCGUGUCACCCUGGUGAACAAAACAAGCUACCUGUCAGAGUCGAUGGGCGGAGUUAUGGCGCUCGACUUUAUUCGAUUCCACCAGGAGUCUGUACGAGAAGAAACUGAAAGAAGCCAUGGCCAAAGACAGAACACCCAGGAAUAGACCAUCGUCGGACAAGACCUACUACAGAGAGGAGGAGGAUGAAGUCACCUAUAUCACCUACAGGACACCAGUCAGGAGUGAACGAGACUAUGGAGAGAGUGCUUCAUACCUGAGUUCCAGAUCAAAAUGGCCUGAGAGGGAAUCUGAACAAGAGUCGUCAUUCUCAUCCUACUCCAGGUCCGGACCUGAAUACAGAGCAAGGAACUAUGAUGAUGAUGGUUCCUCCUUGAGCUCAAGACCAAAGUGGUCUGAGAGGGAAUAUCAGACGCCACACUCUUCAUACUCCAGGUCUGUCCCUGAAUACAGAGGAAGGGACUUGGCUGAUGAGCCCUACAUGCGUGAGAGACAGUCGUCCUACACAACAAACUCCUUCUUGAAUUCCACACCUGUUAAAUCUGGUCAGGAUGCUCCUCAGGCUCCACAGUCGUCUCGCCUCGUCCCACUGUGGCUCCAGAUUUUCUUCUUCUUGGCGGUGGCGGUCUUCCUCUACUUAGUGUUUUCGAACAUGGAGUCAAACGAGUCCCCCCAAUGGAUUGAUUGAAUCAUCGUCUUUUUUAUCCAGGUUCCGUCUGUGGGGCUGUCAACACAUGGUGUAUUUUUAUUCAAAGAAUGUGUUUUGGCUAUUGCCUUUAUUUUUAGAUUUGGCUCAAAUUAAGCUUUUGCAAUAUAUAUAUUUAUGUAUGGGUUUGCUGGUUUUAAUAGCAGUUUGCUUUGCUUUGCAUUUGCUUUUUUUAAGGUAAAAUACAAAUUUUUUAAUCAAGCUUAGAAAAGCAGCAGUAGAAGAGAAAUUGUUCAAACAUUUGAUAUCAGCUGCCCGUCUGUUGGGUGAUCUGAAUGUCACCCACAAUGAUAGUUUUGGUGCAUAUUGGGCUUUAAAGACAAAGCACUACAGAACAUUACUUGUCAGAUCCACUACAUUGUUUUAUUUGUCAGUAAAAGGCAAAACUCUAUAAAGGUUUUUUACAUUUUGGUUUUACAUUUUAUGCCAAAUCAGUAUUUCUGUAGCUUUUCUACCUGUUUAUUGCCACUGAAAUCAACAGUCGUUCUGGCGUAGUUUUCACUAGUUGAUGCUCAGUUCAGUGUAUUACAGUGUACUAUGACUUUUUAUGGGAUGUCAUUUACAAUUUGGACAUUUUUAGACCUGUUGUAAUUAAAGUGCCUCUAAAGUUGUUUAUGGAAAAAUUAGGAUAAAAAAAAAACCUCCACAACUGGUAACGUCUGUUUUAUUUUUACUGGGUAAAAAAAUCUACAGUAAUGUCAGGCUAAAACAUGGUGCUUCUAAUUUGUUGCACUUCAGUCAACUGAAACAUUUUGGUACCAAAUAAUCAGACUUUGUUUUUAGCCAGUACUGUGUUUGUCUGUGUUUCACUAAUAAAAAAUACCACAAAAAGUU